AUGUCUACGCCAUCAAAACGUUCUGAUUCGCGAGCGUCGUCAGAAGCUCCAACGCCAUCAAGAAGAACAAGAUCUUCGCAACAACUUAUAGUACCUGAAACACCACAGCGCUCCUCCGGCACUCCUUCCAAAGAUGGCACUCCAGGCACCCCGAGACGUACUCCUCAAACCCCUGGGACUCCAAGAAGAUCACCUCGCACUCCUAGUAAUUUGGUGCCUGGUACAUCACCUGCUCGUGCCUUGGCCUCCAGUCCAUUGGGCACCGAUAUAGACAUGAGCUCACCACUAAACUACGGCACACCCAGUUCUUUAAGCACGCCACGGUCUUUGCUGCGUGGUGCCAUGACACCAGCGCGCCAGAGGGCAGACCUUAGGAGCACCCAGCUGGGCCGCAAUGUGCCUGCUCCAACACCCACCAGAAGAGUAAGUUAA